GCUCUUCCCCGUGCUCCGGAUCCGAGGCUUCCCCUCGCCCCUCAGGCCAACGCCAUGAAGAUCAAGGAUGCCAAGAAACCCUCUUUCCCAUGGUUUGGAAUGGACAUUGGGGGAACUCUAGUAAAGCUCUCAUAUUUUGAACCUAUUGAUAUCACAGCAGAGGAAGAACAAGAGGAAGUUGAGAGCUUAAAAAGUAUUCGGAAAUAUUUGACUUCUAAUGUAGCAUAUGGAUCCACUGGCAUUCGGGAUGUACACCUUGAACUGAAGAAUUUAACACUUUUUGGCCGAAGAGGGAACUUGCACUUUAUCAGAUUUCCAACCCAUGACCUGCCUACUUUUAUCCAAAUGGGAAGAGACAAAAACUUCUCAACAUUACAAACGGUGCUAUGUGCUACAGGAGGUGGUGCUUACAAGUUUGAAGAAGAUUUUUGCACAAUUGGAAACCUCCACCUGCACAAACUGGAUGAACUUGACUGCCUUGUAAAGGGCUUGUUGUAUAUAGAUUCUGUCAGUUUCAAUGGACAAGCAGAGUGCUAUUAUUUUGCUAAUGCCUCAGAACCUGAGCGAUGCCAAAAGAUGCCUUUUAACCUGGAUGAUCCCUAUCCAUUGCUGGUGGUAAACAUGGGUUCAGGAGUCAGUAUUUUAGCAGUCCACUCCAAAGAUAACUAUAAAUGAGUGACUGGGACAAGCCUUGGAGGGGGUACCUUUCUGGGUUUAUGCAGUUUACUGACUGGCUGUGAAAGUUUUGAAGAGGCCCUUGAAAUGGCAUCCAAAGGCGACAGCACCCAAGCUGACAAACUGUUCCGUGAUAUUUAUGGAGGAGAUUAUGAAAGAUUUGGUCUACCAGGUUGGACUGUCGCGUCUAGUUUUGGAAAUAUGAUUUAUAAGGAGAAGCGAGAAUCUGUUAGUAAAGAAGAUCUGGCAAGAGCUACUUUAGUUACUAUCACCAAUAAUAUUGGCUCUGUGGCACGAAUGUGUGCUGUUAAUGAGAAAAUAAGCAGAGUUGUCUUUGUUGGAAUCAAUACUCUGUCAAUGAAACUUUUGGCAUAUGCACUGGAUUAUUGGUCCAAAGGUCAAUUGAAAGCAUUGUUUCUAGAACAUGAGGGAUACUUUGGAGCAGUUGGUGCACUUCUUGGGCUGCCAAACUUCAGCUGAAACAUCAGAAAUUUCUCUACUAAUGAAUGUCAUCCAAGAGGAACUAAAACCAGAGGCAUUGUAAUUGCAUUAUUUGUCCUUGGGAACCAAAGGAUAAAAGAGUUUCACUAUUCCUGUUAAUUUUUAAAAUGUCAGAAUGGAAAGCUCAUGAAUGCCAUAUUAAAAGAGAGAGCUCUGUAACAUGAAGUAUUGUCGAAGUGUUUUCCCUUCUGUAUAUAGCCAGUGUUCUUUAAAUGCAAUAUAGCCUGAUUAUUGAGCUUCCUCUCAGAAAGAUUUUCUAUUUAUUUUAUGUAGCCAGCAUUGUAGUACUAUAUGCUCAAGACACGAAUCUUAAAGUCUCAGAAAUGUUUCACUUAUGAAAAAUAAUUGAUUUUGAAUAUUUGUUUUGAAUCCGUUUUAUGCAUUUUGAUUACUAGUGAGCAGACAGUAAUAUACCCAGUAUGAAAAUUUAUUGUAAUGGCAAUCAGAGAUGAUGAUUUUAUGUGAUUUUAGAAAUGUUAAGGCAAUAUUAAUUAUUGUAGUUUUUCUAACACAUCCUCCUCAAAAAAAGCAUGUUCUAUGUGAUCUUUGCCCAGAAGUAUAACUUUCCUCAAAUGCCAUUUAUUUAACUAAAAUAGUAUUAUUAUAUGUUACCCUGAAUUUCAGAAUGAAUCUAGGAAAAUGAACCUGUCUGGUGACAUCACACUUUCUGUAUUUUUAAUUUAAUCAAUAUGUUGAAAUGUUUGUAUCUUUAAAUUGAAAGUUUACUUAUUUUGUAAUCUGAUGAAGUCCUUAGACUAUUCAAAUGGGAUAUGAUUUGAGUGAAUCAAUAGUUCUGUGCUGUUUUUACCACUAAAUUAUCAUGCCCAAAGUUAACACAUUGCUUAUUCAAUAUGAACAAUGAAAGCUAAAGAUUCUAUUCUAUUACAAACAACAACAGAAUCAUAUUUAUUCUAAAUGGGUGUUUUCAAAUGUUGAGAGUCUGAGGCAGUAUUGCAGAAUUAUAAAAUAAUCAGUGUUUCCUACAUUUGGUAAUAAAAGCAAUUGUAGUUUAAA